GACAGCGGACAAACAAAUAAUCCCUACGCUCGUAAUUAGCGUACAAUAAUAACGAUGUUACACUGAAAAACAUCACAAUAAAAAUACCACAGUGUAAAAAUAAUAUAAUUAAAAAUAGCAUGUGGUAAUAGUAACACAAAAUCAAAAUAUCACACGCAUAAAAUGGCGAUAGCAAUAUCUUAUUAAGCUCAGUAAUAGAAGUGGCCAGAAUAAAUAGACUUGAGAAUGAGUAAAAAAAACUACAGAUUUAUAAACUGAAGGUGUAAAAACUAAAAUUGUGGAAACGAAAAGUGUCAUGAACACUUACUCGAAGGAGGGAAGAAAGAGGAAGAGGAAGCUUGCGCAAUUCCUCACUUAUCAGACACUUAUACUACCGAUUUUCAUUAAGAAAUAGAAUGCGCUAAACGCUGUGUCGAUAUUAACGAAUUGAUAAACCCAACACAGAGUACAAGUAGAAUGAUAAAACACGAAAAAGGUAUACAAGUAUUACUGACCGGUCCGUAUACUCCAAUCACGGAUUCGUUGAUCAGUUCUUGAGUCACAGUCCAACCACGAAAGAAAGGGAAAGUACUACACGAACUGCUCAAAGUUCGAGAUAAGCUAGUAUAACCGUGCCGUCAGCGUUAAAUCACGCUUAUUUAUUUUUUUUUCAACCGAGUGUUCACAUAAUUUUCUGCCUAAAAAUGAUUAUCCUGAAGGAUUUAUUACCAGAAAAAAGUGCAGCAAUAUCCCUCUGAAUAGUUUUAAAUUUCACCAGUGAUAAUUCCAAAUGACAAUCGAUGGAAACUAAAUGAAAAUAGUAUCUAAAAAUUGUUCACAAAAUUGGGAAGAUGAUAUUGCGGCAGAACGAUGCAAUUCAAUGAAUUGAGUUAAUACUCAACCGACAAUGGCUUCAUUCUCCCUUUCGUCAGACAUUGCUACGAUAUGUUACAAGGACGACUACAUCUUGCACACUUUCAGCUGUAUCAAACAUUAUGAUUUGAAUUCAUGAAUUUUCGUAACUGAAAAUAAAUAGAGGAACAAUACAUCCGCACAUGUCAAUUAUUCGGAUGUCUCUAUAUGGCCAGUAAGAAAGACCACGAAUUGACUCAAUUUUUAUAAACAAACAUGAUCUCUCCAAUUCUUGGUCUAUCACCCAUUUGGUGGCUUCUUCUUGGCGUGAGUUUCAUCCUUGUUCUGUCGCCAUUCGUUCUCGUUAUUACCAUUUUUCUUCCCAACUUUCCACUUUUACUUUUACGACGUAUGUGUUAUAUACCCAUAGAAUCAAUAUAAUUCUUCAAUUUUCGAGCAUCAAUGUCGGUGGCAUUGUUAAUAGUAGUUUAAAAGUGUUAAACAACCAGCUAUAAAACCCAGAUUGCGUGUCCCCAUAUGGGUCAAGGUCGAAGAAAUACCACAGCCAAUGAAUAAUAUUAGAGAUGUUGAUUUUCUCAUUGCUCGUGAUGAAACUAAUGUUCCAAUUAUACCAAAUGUCAUUUCUCAUUCGAAAUUACCAAGAAUGAUGUAGAAAUAUUAUAACCACUUGAACUGACAAUUAAUAUAACUUUCCAUUUUCACGAUUGCCAUAAAUCAAAUUAUUGACGAAUUGAAAGAAUAUUAAUAUUAAUAUUAUAAAAAGAUGUACUAUGUCCGCAAAAUAGUAAAUUUUCUCAGUUGUCUUGCUGGAGAUAAGAAUUAGUAUUCUUAUUCUGCCCUGAUUAUUUUCGGCAGACAAACGUAAAUAUCGAACAAUUUAUCGUGAUCUGUACUUUCGCCAAGUGGGGGCUUCAAGUGGGAGUUAGUUCAGAGUGGAGGUCCUCGUACAUUGUCAGGUACAUACACCAGAUCGUUUCGCAAUUUCUGCUUACUCGUUGUCCUGUUCUCCAACUGCUUCAUCAAUUUCAAGUAACUACAUCGAAAUACCGAUACCUCCAGCCUUCGAAAUACAAUGAUUCGUGCAUUGGCCUGCAGUUUACUGAGUUUCCAAACAAUAGCGAUAGUGAUAGGAGCUCCACUCCUUAAAGUUCCUAAGGUAUACAAUGCCUUGAUAACAACAGAUCAAAAUUUAUCUCCAUCUCGAGCAAUUCCUGUUAUCCAACCAGUCAUACACAGAACAGCAAUUGGCUACUCUCCACCGUUCUACUAUCAGCCUGGAAAUCCUGGAUACGGCUCAGAAUAUGUCCCGAGUUACGAGCCGAAUUAUGAACCAGGAACUUAUGACUCUGGAGGCUCUGGACAGUCGGAAUUCCCUCAUGGUGAUGAAGCUCCUGAUACUGAGAUCGUUAGUGGUGAUGAAGAAACAACUGGAGGUGACGAAAAAGACGAUAAACAAUACAACAAUAGAUGCGCAGAAGUUGGAACGAAAACCAAGGAUCAGGUUCCAUUAAGUUUCUACCCAAAUUUCAGAUCUAUGUACUAUGAUCCUUAUUUAUACGGUUUUAAUGCGUAUCCGGCGUUUUUACCUCCAGAUGAUUAUUAUUUGAAUUAUCGGCCGGAGCAGUUUGCCUUGUCGCGGAGAGGGUCCCCACCUUAUUCGUUUGGUCAUCAAUCUGGAUAUCUCGGAUCUACCUCAGGACCAGUGAUGCCACAGGCACAUCCUAAGAAUCAACAGAAUGAGCAAGCCAAGCUGGAGAAAAAAUCUGAACGUAAUGUAGAUGCACUCCCGCCUCCAGUGGCUGCCAGACAAGGAAUUAACAGAAAUAAUUGAUCUCAUGACAUGACGGUUGAUUAUGAAUUUUUAUCGAAUUCAGAGAGGAAGUGAUAACAAGGUUCUUGAUGUAUGUCAUUGAUUAUAGAGGAUGUAGAAAAUCUUUUGCGAGUAGGAUAUCGACAGUCUAGAAAUUAUACAAAUAAAUCGA